AUGAGCGCAGCCCGCAUCGGCAGAGUACUCGUCAGGCAGGCGAGAAACAGCCUUUUGGCCACCGAAGCAGAGGCGUUCGUGGGCGCGAGCGUCCCCAGCUGGGCUUACUAUGCAGCGGGGGGUGCUGCAGUUGUAGGCUCUGGAGCAUAUUUCUUCAGCUCCAGUGCCGUUCCAGAGGCACAAGCUGAGUCUGCAGGUAGUGUCUCCGAUGGAACGGACCCGAAUGAUGUGCCAGGAGGCAGCGCCCCUGAGGAGCCAGUGCAGCUGCCUCAGUUCACAGCCGUCGACCAGAGUGGCUCAGACUUCUCGCUUGCUCAGUUACAGGGGGACUUCACUCUGCUCGUGUUUGGAGUGACCCGCGAUUUUGAGGACGCUAAGAGCCGCCUGCAGAACAUGAGCGAGAUUGUCCGGCAGACAGACCGCAAGAGCAACAUGCAGUACAUGCGCGCGCUGUUUGUGAGCGAGGAGGCGGGCGAGGAGGCUCAGGGGAAGAUGGGCGACCUCAUGAGCAAGCACACCAAGAAGAGCGAGCGCCGCAGCCACGGCCCGCGCAUGGUCGGCCUGGCCGGCUCAGAAAUCUCCAAGAUACGGGAGAUGGUGAAUGUGUUCAAUGACAAGGUGACCGAGGAGGGCAAGACCGAAGUGGUGGAGGCUGGAGACCCGGAUGGCACCCUCUUCCUCGUCAACCCAGACGGUCAGCUUGUGGCAGGCUUCAAGUAUGCUGCACAUGGCGCUGAAACCAAGGAGGUUGCUGAUGCCAUUGCCACAGAGAUCAGGCAGUGGACGCACAGUCAUCCCACUUGGCACGCGCCCAAGGCCAUAAAGAUGCGCAGUGCGUGA